AUGACCGCACCCAGCGAGGUAGCAUUCAGUGUUAGCCCACCGAAGGAUCCAGCAGGGGUUGAAGAAGGGGAAGGCAUGCAAGCCCGCAUCGAGCGGCUUGGCAGGCAAAGACCUGCCAAGUUCAAAACCGUAUGGACAGAGUUUGGCUUUUGCUUCUCACUGUUGGCAUCCAUGAUUAUGGCAGAAUAUUUCGUCAGUGGUUUCAACGUGAUCCUACCGACCCUGGCAACCGCUCUCGACAUCCCUGCCCAAUCACAAACGUGGCCCGCGAACGUAUUCUCUCUGAUCACGGGGGCUUUCUUACUUCCCUUCGGCCGCCUCGCCGACAUCUACGGUGGCUGCACCGUCUUCAUGUUCGGGAUGAUCUGGUUCUUCCUUUGGUCUUUGAUAGGAGGCUUCAGCCGCAAUUACCUCAUGCUAAACUUCUGCCGCGCACUUCAGGGUCUUGGACCUGCUGCGUUUUUACCUGCUGGGGUCAUGCUGCUAGGAAGCAUCUAUCGCCCAGGGCCGAGGAAAAACCUGGUGUUCAGUCUUUAUGGGGCUUGUUCGCCAAUAGGCUUUUUCACGGGUAUUUUUUUUGGUGGACUAAGUGGACAGUAUCUACCUUGGGGUUGGUAUUUUUGGAUUGGAUCGAUAUUACUGUUUCUGAUUAGCUCCAUUGCCUUUUUAACGAUACCGUCCGAUCGUUAUGAGAGGCAGGCUUAUGAAGUCAAAAUGGACUGGCUGGGAGUCUUUACGAUCGUCCCAGGGCUGUUGUUGGUUGUCUUCGCUAUUACUGAUAGCUCACAUGCUCCUGAUGGUUGGAACACACCUUACAUUUACGUGACCUUUGUCUUGGGCUGUCUAUUUCUAGGUGGAGCCAUUUACGUUGAGGGGUGGAUUGCAAAAAUGCCUCUAUUACCUUUCGAUCUAUUCAAGGUCAAGCAUAUGAAGGCGCUUGUGGUUGCGCUGUUCUUCUCAUACGGCGUAUUUGGAAUAUACCUCUUCUAUGCUAGCUUCUAUAUUGAGAAAGUAUUGCAUGCGACUUCCUUACAGACAACGGCAUGGUAUACGCCAAUGGCUGCAGGCGGCAUCUUCCUCGCAACGGCGGGCGGCUUUCUGCUUCAUCUACUACCAGGAACAGCCCUGAUGAUAAUCUCAGCCACUGGCUACGUUGUUUGUGUCCUGAUGUUCGCCAUAAUGCCCGAGAACCCCAACUACUGGGCCUACAUCUUUCCCGCCAUGAUCGGCGCAACCGUGGGCGUCGACAUAACCUACAGCGUCAGCAACAUCUUCAUAACGACAAGCAUGCCUAGGAAGAGACAGGGUCUUGCAGGCGCUUUGAUUAACUGCCUCGUCUUCCUAGGCAUCAGCGUCUUUCUCGGGUUCGCUGAUAUUGUUGCCACUGCUACAUCCCAUCUUGGGCUCAAGGAAAGCUACAAGGUGGCGUGUUGGUUUGGUGUUGGCUGUGCGGGGGUGUCUUUGCUUCUGCUAGUGGGCUUUGUCAAGAUCGACAAGGCCAAGAGUGACCUCACGACAGACGAGAAGGCUGAGUUGGAGGCAGAAGUCAAUAUGAUGCCGGUUGCUUCGCGGCCGGAUGAGGUGGAAACGCGUAGGGAGAGUUAA